UUCUGACUGGUCUCCUAAACCGCACCUCCGAGAUGUGCAAUUCCCUAGAAUGACACUGCCAACGUCAGCCUCCAGUUUUAAGACGCCAAAAUCCUGAACCGGAUACAUUUACUUGCUCCCCCUCUCCACGUUGGUGGAUUCCCAACGGUUAUUCCGUCGCUCAAUGGCUUCCUCCGCUGUAUUCCGGUUUGGCGGAGCGGGGGUGUAACAAUCUCCUCCAUCUCUUUUGUCUUACUCCAACCCCCAUCAGAAGUAAUCUGUUGGUGUGAGAUAAAGCUGGAAGGCUGCCUAAUUAUUUUAACCGGUUUUCCGGGAUGAAUUAAUGCCAUCUGCUGAGCUGCGGAACCAAGUUGUCGGCGGCGACGUGCCAAGGAUGGGCGAGCGUUUAUGAUCGGCGCACUGUAGUGGGUAGCUGACUGGCUGGAGUGACAUCUAUGUUUGAAGGGCCUAUUUCUGUGCUAUACUGAUUGAUCUUUCCCUUGGAAAAGUGGGCUAAACCCCAAGCCAUGACAGAAGGAGUUCUUAAGAGUGCCUGAAAAGACUGCAAGAGAUUCUGAAUAAAUUGGAAGGAGUGUUGGCUGUCCCUUCAGAGGCUUUGCUCUCAGCAUUACUAAGGGGACUUUUGUGAUCAAGUAAAGAUGCCAGCAGGAGUAUCCUGGCCCCGUUACUUAAUGUUGUUGGGAACAAGCAUUCUGACAAUGUUUGCAGGAGCAGAAGUAGUGCACAGAUACUACAGACCAGAUUUGAGUAUACCAGAAAUUCCACCCAAACCAGGUGAACUUAAAACAGAGCUUCUUGGACUCAAAGAUAAAAUCCAGAUUCAUAACUCUGAAAAACACUGAAGGAAACAAAGCAAGAAGACCCAUUCUCAUAAAAUAUAUAAACGACAGCUAAAGAGAUUGACUUAAAAAUAAUUCACCAUACAUCCAUCUUUGAAUUACAGAUUCUUAACACCUAUUGUCCACUCAUCCUGACCAGUGAUGUGUUAAAAGGACAAAUAGAUUUGAAGUCUAUGAUUGUACCCUGAAAUUGUAAUCCUUAUAGAUUUAUUAAUAUGAAUAAAAUUGUAUAUACUUGAUGUGACCUAAAGUGACUCUUACUGCAAACACCAACUUGGUUAAUUGAAUUAAUCUAAUGUAAACUUUAUGAUAUUAAUAUUCUUGUGCAGAUGUUAACUAGAAUCCUUGGUAUUGUGGGGAGAUGCAAUGUAAAUAUAUACAUUUUCUACUGAAGCCAAAUCUGAUUAAGAUAGCACUAACUAAAUAUGUACUUUAUGAGGUCAUUUUUGUUGAGGUCACAAAUUUUCCUUGAGUGUACAUUGCUACAAAUAAAUGUAAUUGAACUUGA